AGGGAUGCCUGAAACUGCGCAGGGCAAAAGCGACCCUCUAACCGGGCUGGACAGCAACAGUCCGGGGUAAUUAGAUUCCGGCGUCACAAAAGACAAAACAUUUCACUUCAUUUCGUUUUAAUACAAACCCGUACUUCCAGAACUAAGGAUAUUAACCGACAUUUAUCUGGUGGUUUGUGAUUUCAAGAACGCCAAUUGACCCACAAGAGCAAGAAAUCACUCAAAAAACGAGUAGAAGUUCACCGAAGUUUCUCAGUAUUCAUCAUGGAGGAGAAGAAGGAGGAGAGCGAAGCGGAGAUCCACGAACACGGACCCGAACAUUGGUUCUCCAAAUGGGAGCGCCAAUGCCUCGCAGAGGCCGAAAGGGAAGAGCCGACCGAGGAGGAGGUGGACCAAAACCAGGAGAAACUCUGGCAUCUCUUCCAGAAUUCCGCUACAGCGGUGGCGCAACUUUAUAAAGAUCGAGUCUGUCAUCAGCAAGGACUGUCAUUGUGGUCUCCAUUUCAGAAUGCUGCAACAGCAGUGACUAAUCUUUACAAAGAGAGCAUUGAUGCACACAAGAGGAGCUUUGACUUAGGAAUCCAGACUGGCCAUCAGCGACGUAAUAGAGAUGUUUUGGCCUGGGUAAAAAAGCGAAGAAGAACUAUACGAAGGGAGGAUUUGAUAAGUUUCCUAUGUGGUAAAGCGCCACCACCAAGGACUUCUAGAGCAGCCCCCAAACUGACUGUCAUGUCUCCGAACCGACCACCUUCAUCGGACACAGUAUCAUCUGUAGAGACUGAUUUACAACCAUUCUGUGAGGCCAUAGCACUACAUGGUCUAAGUGGUGCAAUGGCCAGCAUCAGCGUCCGCUCAAGCACUCCUGGCUCUCCGACUCAUGUCAGUGGCAGCUCAAAUGCAGGGCGCAGAAGGAACGGACUGCACGAUGUGGACUUGAACACUUUUAUAUCAGAGGAGAUGGCCCUCCACCUUGGCAGUGCAGGCACCAGGAAGCGGACCUCGGUCCAGUGCGCAGACGUCAUCACAGACUCCCCAACCCAUAAACGCAACAGAAUGCUCUGA